AUGCCUAUCUUCCAGGACCCGGAUGAUCGCCAGCGGCUCCCUGACCUGUGGUCGGAUGAUCACCAGCCAAAGCAUGAUGGACAACGACAGACCAUUUCCCCCUGGAAACAUACCCCUCCGGAGCCCCUGGCGGGCUAUCCCCUUGACAGAUGUGAAACCGUUUCAUACGAGGGUCCCUUAUCGGACUCCAGCCGGGCGCAUGCAAACCAUCGGGACGAACUGAUCCAGUAUAUCAAAGGCGCCGAUGCGCUCAGAUGGGCACCUCGUUGUUCGUUGGGAGACACUCAGGUCCAGGUCCCGCAGGCAUCCGAUAAACCCUCCACCAAGAUGAAGAAUAACUUACCGGAGCACUCUGGUCUUAGCGACCAGUCUAGCUCAAAUGACCAGCAGCUAGCAUCACCAGCCGACAUUGAACGCCCUCGCUCGGCAUUGCAUUCGGGGGACUUCAGAGAAGGAACUUGUCAGGGUCCGAGCCAACAGCAACCACCCCCAUCCCCAUUGCCGGGUCGCACCGUCAAUGCACCCUAUUCUCUUCUAAGCUCCUCUCCGACGACUCCCUGGUUCAGCACCCCCGUCUUCUCGUCCUCGUUGCGCGGCCAAACCUCGUCAGUCCAGAAUGCGACUCCGAUCGCCCGCGCCCGGGCACCCUCUUUCGGCUCGUUCUCGUCGAGCUACAUCCUGAAAGCCCCGACAAGCCCGCUUGUCCAUCAGGCGAAUAACACGGACUUGGACUUCUCUCCCCGACCGGAGUUCGUCAACCGUUCCGACCCCAUCGAGAAAGCCAGCCGCCGCCGUACCCUCCCUCCGGAAACCUUCCAGAACUUGCAGGCCUCUCCUACCGGUCAUGUGGAGGGGAUAUAUUUCUCGUCUGAUGCUUCACCAACAAAGUGGGAUAAAACGACAUCUUGUCACUUUCGCCCUCCUCGACGGUCUUUGACCUCGGCAUACAGCCUUCAACUCGCAUCGUCGGCUCAAACGCCGGUUGCGAGGAUCAGAAGACCCUCGAUUAGCUCGGAGAUAUCUUCCAAAGCACAUGCGCCAAUGGUUGGCUCAUAUGAGGAGUCGAUCCUCCGCGGAAGAAUGUCAAUGAAUCCAUCCAAACCGCUAGAUUUCACUGCUCAAAUCGGCGUUCUAGGUAAAGGCAAAUGUAAAGCCAACCUCAAGUGUCCACCACAUGUCACGGUCCCAUUUCCCGCGGUUUUCUACAGUUACCCCACUUCAGGGAGUGGACGCUCAAUUUCGGAUGAUAGCCCUAGUCCUUAUGUUGGCCUGAUCGACCUGGAUAAUCACCUGCCGAAGGACACGUCCAGCAGCAGUAGCCGCCGUCGCAGGCGCCACCAAAGCCCUGCGGGAAUGAUUAGUGAGCAGGCCAUGGGAAACUCUCCAGAUCCUUGGUCCAAUGACCAGGAGGCUUUGCGCAGGCGGGAGAAGAAGCACAGGAGAGCAGAAUCGCCUAGGUGUCCGCCAGGCGGUUGUUAUCGAAUACCUCAACAUGGCCAGUUACAGAUCAUGAUCAAGAAUCCCAACAAGACAGCUGUCAAGUUGUUCCUGGUGCCUUAUGAUCUCACUGAUAUGGAACCCGGGACGAAAACGUUCAUUCGACAGAGAAGCUACUCGGCUGGUCCCAUCAUCGACAUGCCGCUGAGCGCUCGAAGCAAUUAUGGGACCGAUCGCCCCGAAGCAUCUUUGAACACUUCCGGGGAUCCCAAAGACAAGCCUACUUUACGGUAUUUGAUUCAUUUAAACAUCUGCUGCCCUUCCCGGGGCCGAUUUUAUCUUCACUCUAGCAUCCGGGUUGUAUUUGCCAACCGAGUCCUCGACGGUAAGGAAAAGCUGCGCAAUGAAAUCCAAUACCCUGAUCCCCGUUACACGCCUUACAAACCUUACCGGGACUCCAGUCAUACGCACUCCGCUGCAAGAUCCUCGACAGACAAAGCACCAUUCAACACCCCAUCAGAAUCCAUGGCCUCGGAAGACCUCUCCUACUCGGAGAGUUCCUCCACAUAUCCUCAGGAAAGGUCGGGCCCAAGUCACACAUUCGCGAGACAGGAUGCCGUUCCCCUGGGUCACACCAACUGUUUCAAUCCAACUGAACGCCCCUCGCAUCCUUUUCAGCCGAUCCCGUCGCUGAAUCCUAGUCCGCGACUGGACACGGCUCUGACUGAACAGUAUAAUGCAGAGCGUGGGCUUUAUGAUAAACUCAGUAAGGGUGACACCGGCUAUGGUGGCUAUCCGUUUGCCUUUACCAGUAGCCCUGAAGCUGGGGACAGCCUCCUUGCCAGAAAGCUGAGGGGAUUGGAUGUGCAAAAGCAUGAAUCCCGGUCUCAAUAA